ACGUGGCAUCGAGCUAGAAAGUCACGCUUUGGUGUUACCAGGAAGCGGGGUAAAGUGACUUCCGUUUGCGUCUCUCCGGACACGAGGAUCCGGGGAAUCAAGCUAGCGGGAAAAUGAGGCCCUUGACUGAAGAAGAGACCCGAGUAAUGUUUGAGAAGAUUGCGAAAUACAUCGGGGAGAACCUACAGCUCUUGGUGGACAGGCCCGACGGCACCUACUGCUUCCGGCUGCACAACGACCGAGUGUACUAUGUGAGCGAGAUGAUCCUGAAGCUGGCCGCCAACAUCUCCGGGGAUAAGCUGGUGUCACUGGGGACCUGCUUUGGGAAGUUUACCAAGACCCACAAGUUCCGGCUGCACGUUACAGCUCUCGAUUACCUUGCACCCUAUGCUAAGUAUAAAGUAUGGAUAAAGCCUGGAGCAGAGCAGUCCUUCUUGUAUGGAAACCAUGUGUUGAAGUCUGGUCUGGGUCGAAUCACUGAAAAUACUUCUCAGUACCAGGGAGUAGUGGUUUACUCCAUGGCAGACAUUCCUUUGGGUUUUGGGGUAGCAGCAAAGUCUACUCAAGACUGCAGAAAAGUGGACCCCAUGGCAAUUGUGGUGUUUCAUCAAGCAGACAUUGGGGAAUAUGUACGGCAUGAAGAGACAUUAACUUAGUAUGGGCCACCCAAGAACUUUUUGCUGUAUGAGAGGACUUAGCUUUGUUUUCUAUGUAUGCAGACAUCAUCACGUCAAAUUUGGAUAACACUGAUAUAUGCCACGUGAAUUCUUACUCAACAGAAAUGGAUCAAAAAUAGGGUUUCAGUCCAUCUAGAAGCAAAAGCAGGUGGAUCACAAGUAUAGUGGGCUACUUGGCAAGUUCAAGGCUAGCCUGGGCUACAUAGUGAGACCCGUCUCAAAAAUCUAAAACAAACCAAAACCUGUCAAGUGUGUGCAAGUAAAUAGUGUUUCUAUUCUCUAUCUGUAUCUGUUUUUGAAUCAGCAGACUUGUUCUGAUAAUGAGCUCUAAGUUACUGCACUGAGAACAGGAGCAGUUUUAAUGUUAUCUGUGAUAACACUUUUCCAGGCUAGUAAUAGCAUAGCAAACUAAUGGUAUUAUUUAUUGAUGCCGUUAAAGAUAGAAACAGCCAUAUAAGGAUAGUAGGCGGCCGGGCGUUGGUGGCACACGCCUUUAAUCCCAGCACUCGGGAGGCAGAGGCAGGCCGAUCUCUGUGAGUUCGAGGCCAGCCUGGUCUACAAAGUGAGUUCCAGGACAGCCUCCAAAGCCACAGAGAAACCCUGUCUCGAAAAAAACCAAAAAACAAAAAACAAAAAAGGAUAGUAGGCUAUGCCUAUGAUUUUUACAAAUGGAAUUUUAUAAAAUAAUAGAUGGAACUCAGCUGUUUUUCUUUGUGGUAAAUGGUGUAUGGUGUGGAAGAACCUGUACUCAAGCCUCAAUUCUGCUGCCUGCCAGCUGUCUGGUAUUGGACAAGUUAUUCCAGUACCGGAUAAGCUUUGUUUUCUUCCUUUGUUAAAAGGAAAAAAAAAAGCAUGAACUGGUAAGUGUGAAGUGUCCGGUAUACUUUUAAUUCCAGCAGUGGGGAGGCAGAGGCAGAUGGAUUCAAAGCCAGCCUGGUCCACAUAGGGAGCUCUUGACCAGCCAAAGGAAAAACAAACCCAAAAAGCACAAAACUGGAAAAACACCUUUAAUCAUCACGUGCCAGUAUUCAGAAUUAAAAAUAAUGAUUAUAAAGCAUCUAGCAAAGAUCUGGCAAACAGGUGUGGAAUAAAUGCUGAAAUAUGUUUUUAAAA